UUUUAUUUUGAUUUCGUCUAGCAAUUAAGUAAUGGCCGGACUCCUUCACCUGACCAAGCAUUGCAGCAUCCAUUUACCCGCUCACCUGGGACGCGCGAAAUGCUACUCGCUCGCCAAGGGAACACACGUGCAGGCCAGAGUGCAAGCAUAGAUAAAUAGAUAUAUAGACCAAAACAGCGCACACACAGACUAGAAGGAUUCACGGGGAUCGGCAAUAAUGGGUCGCACUCAGCGUCUACGUCUUCAGAGGGCCCAGCAGAAACCAGCAGAGGAUUACACCAGCUCCCUGCAGAAUCUCUACGUUCACCUACACUCCCUCGGCUGGCGAAACCACACUCAUCUUUCCGCAAAGAACUAUCCAGAGACUGGCAGAGGAUUGUGCUCGAAACAGGACACCUUCUCGCCAGAGGAUGAGCUCAUUCGUCUACCAGUUGGUUGCCUUAUAACCAUAGCCACACUAGAAUCGGAUAAUGAAUUCAAAAGUCUCUUUAACAAGGACCUAUUCGACAAGGAUGCCAGGAUUUCGUUUCAUGCCUUGGUAGCCUGUUAUCUUAUGUACCUCAAGCACCUGCAGGAUUGCUCUAAAACCUCUGGUUACGCUGCCUAUUUGGACACCCUGCCCAGCAGCUACUCCACUCCCUAUUUCUGUGCCAUACCCGAACUUCAGUGUCUGCCAGAAUCCCUGCUAGAGCGAACUGUGGCUCAGAACCGUCAAAUACGACGAUACUACGAAAUAAUCAAGAAUCUGGCGGGUUUGCUCAACUGCGAUGGCUGUGGGAAGAGCUAUGACCGGGAGAUUUGGACACUAGCCGAAUACAAAUGGGCAUACUUCAGCGUAAACACCAGAAGCGUUUACCUCAGUUCCCGGUUUCUGAAAAGGCAGAGCAAUCACUUUCAGACUCUAAUCAAUGGCGACACCAAUAUGGCAUUGGCUCCGUUCCUGGACCUCUUCAACCACUCCGAUGGUGUGCAAACCACGGCAGAGAUUCACGGCCAAGAUUACGUGCUGACAUUGAAAUCCUUGCCUCUUGCCAAAACCAAAACCUAUGAACAAUUGUUCAUCAGCUACGGUGCUCUGCCCAACUUUAAGCUUUUAACGGAGUAUGGUUUUUGGUUGAAAGAAAAUAAGCAUGAUUAUUUUGAUUUCUCUCUGCUGGACAUUGAGCACAUGAUUAAGCAUAACAAGGAGCUAGCCACGCAGACCUUCCACCGGAACAUCUUCAAAUUUAUAAGGGAGCAUAAUCUGCACGAUCAGAUGUUCGUCCACAUCGACGAUGGCUGUUCGCACAAUUUAAGGGUGGUGCUGCACCUAAUCUUCAAGCAGCAGGCCUACUUCCCCAACAUACUUAACCAAAUUGCCUUCGGUGACGCCGAACAGUUCGAGGAUGUGCAGCCGGAGCUGUCCUAUCUGGUGGCCUACAAAAUAAAGGAGUACGAGAUCUUUGUGGGAGAGCUGGAUAAACUUCCAAAGCUGACGGAGAGUGGAUCGGUGGCACGGUCUUACCUGCAGGAGUGCAUUCGCUAUCUGGCUAAAUUUCAGUUGACGCAUCCAGCAGAAUAGAUUGUAAUCUAUAUUGAGCUUAGAUUUUAAAUCAGUACAAAGCAUUUUUUCUAUUUUUGAUAUUUCAGGGAUUGUUAAUAUAAAAAUAUCUGAUUAAUUUA